CCCCGCGGCAAAACGUUGCUUUUAUUUUAUUUAAAGGGUGGUUAUGUUUAUUUUUAGGAGCGGCGUCUUGAACAAGUAGCGAGCAGAUGAGUAAGCCGUCUCUGACAUGAUAAAUAAUAUGUUCGCAUCUCUCCUUCUUUGAGAUUUCCACCGCGGGGCUUCACAGCAAGCGAACCAAAAGAAUCGACAAAAGAACGAGAGACUGUGAUCCAGAUAAGAUGAUAAUAGAACUAAAUACCUACAGUGAUGCAGUGAAAGAAAUGGGCCUAAACCCCCACUCUGAACUGCCUUUUCCUGCCUGGGCUGGGCUGGCCUGUGCUCUAAGAGCACGUGAGCAGCUUUGGUAGACCCGUCUUUGACCCAGGCCUAGCAGCUUUGCCCAAGUUUGCUGUGGCUUUCUGCGCCUGCCAGCUUUCUUCAGCUCACCUCAGCACACUCAGCCGUCUAGACGACCCAACUCCAAUCCCCUCUUCCACAAAUUCGCUACCGAUUGAAGCUUCUUUCCCUCAAUCACCUCGGCAUCAAACGUCGAUUUUUCAACUCCCCUACGAAACCCAUUUGAUCCGACUCGCAACUCGCCGCAUUCUAUCCGCGCUCACUGAUUUCUAUCGUUGCGAUAACCUCAAUUGUGACUGCCCAACUGCAACCUCCACUUGCUCUCUGUCUUCGUCAUCUUCGCCAUCUUCGCGACGCUCCCAUACGCCUGCCCGCAUCAACGAGCCUCUCGUUGCAACCCCCAAGCGAUUGCGAUAGCUUUUCAACGGAUGAUGUCGUGACGGCGUCCUUGCUAUCUGCUUGGAUCUGGUUUGGCUUGUGGUGCGGAGGACUUGAGCAGGAAGAGGGUCUGGACGCGAAAAUUGGAAACUGCAGACCGGCCUCUCCCAGUUUAGGUUACCAGCGACGUCUAUCCUUCAAAGCAGAAGACGGGCGCGCUUCCAUAAUAAGGGUGGUUUUUUGUGCUUUCAAUCACAUACGGUGAAGGGGCUUGACCUUGGUCGAAGACGAUCUGAAUCUUCCCCACUGCCACUGCGUCUUCGCCCGUCCGCGAUUCUUGCUCGCCGCCGCGUGCACUUGACAGACAAACAUUUUUCUCGUCAGAUCAUCAUCAUUCGGUCAAGAACAAUCCGCAAUCAUGUCAUACGAAUCAUCCGCUGCCGAGGUCGCGGAGGACUACCGUCAAGCUCUUGAAGAUUUGACUACCAACGUGCGAUUCGAAAUUAGCAAUCUGACAAUGAUUGCGAGAGAGCAGACCGAGCAUGCCCAGGUCAUCUCCGAAGUUUUACAGGACCACAUCUUGAAGGCUCCAGCACACAAGAAACUGCCGGCCCUCUAUGUUCUCGAUUCGAUCGUCAAAAAUGUCGGCACUCCGUACACGCUCUUCUUUGGAGCCAAACUAUACACAACGUUCAUGGAGGCCUACGCAGCCGUUGACGGCCAGGUUCGCCGUAAGAUGGACGAAAUGCUUCGCACAUGGAAGGAACCAGUUCCCGGGUCUCUUGAUAAGCGGCCAGUCUUCACCCCUGAAGUCACGCAGCCGAUCGAGAACGCUCUACUGAAGGCUCGCACAUCUGCUCUCCAAGCCCAGCAAGGACGAGGAGGUGGCCGCGGACGACCUCCUGUUGCCCCCUAUCGCGAAACCCCGACGCCGCCAGGCAUGCGACCCGGAUCGAGCCAACCGAUGCCAUACAGCCAGCCCCCGCCUAUACCCCAAGCGAAUGGCACCCGGCCUCCCAGCGCGCCGAUUCCUCACCACCAACAGAUGGCGCCCUAUGCGCCUCCUCCACCUUCAUAUAGUGCUCAGCCCUCAGCGGCUCCUGGCCCUUACCAGCCCCCUCCGCAAAUGCCAUACGUGGCUGGACUCUCGGGUCCGCCUCAUGCUGCUGGGAUCAGCAAAGACUCUCUGGGCCAAGAUAUCCAGAAGUUGAUUGAUGCGUCGAAGUUGGAGUUUGCGCAGAACCCACAUGAUCAUAGUAUUCAACAAAGACUCAAGGCGUUGUUGGAUGUGCAGAGCUUGCUUCAACACCAGAACUUGCCCCAGGACCAGUUGGUCCUGAUUAAGAAUCAAGUAGCCGAUCUUGCUGUAAAAGUGAGGCCGUUUUCGGCCCAGAGCUCAACCCCUGUUGCUACACCCGUCCCCUCUCAUCCACCGCCGGCUCCUGCGGCGCCCGUAAUUUCGUCUGGGCCACCGCAGCAGCAAGCUGCAGUGACGCUUGAUGCGCUCUUGGGCCAAGGAGCUCUUGCUGCAUUACUGAGACAGUCAGCUGCACCGCAGACUGCUACUCCACCACCUCCCCCGGCCAACAUAGCGAUUCGAUCCCCUCCACCGCAGAAGGUCGAACCGCACCGACAGCCCAGUGCGACGCCUUCAGCGGAUCCCAUGGCUUUACUGGCCGGCUUACGACAAGCGGGACUGCUUCCCGGACCAGCUCCGAAUGCUACACCAAAGCCAGCACCUCCGGGACCGGUACCACCUCUCGGAAUGCCCAUGCUGCCCCCCGGCCUGUUGCCCCCCAAUCUUGCAAGCUUGCUGGCAUCGGGUCAACUGCCGCCGCGUCCUCCUCUCGGUGGCAUGAAUGGCAACCAGCUUGAUGCCACAGCCCUCAAGCAGCAGUUCCAGCCACAUCUGAUACCCUCUGUGUUCGAACAGCUGGGUCCUCAGUGUACUCAGUGCGGUAGGCGGUUCAAGACGGACGAGGAGGGAAGGAAGAAGAAGAUGGCACACAUGGAUUGGCAUUUCAAAGCCCAUCAACGGCUUGCGGAAGCAGAAAAAAGGGGCCAGCACCGCAGCUGGUACGUCGACAAUAAUGACUGGCUCAAGUCACGAGAAGCUAUCGACGUCGAUCACGUCCAAUCAGCGGACAACUCAUCGUCCAGCCCCGGCCGGGCGAAGAAGGAAGCCAAGCCUCGGUAUAUCCCAGUACCGGAUGCCUCGAGCGGCAUCAACAGCGUGUGUCCUAUCUGCCAGGAGAAGUUUGAGAACAAGUGGUUAGAUACUGCUCAAGAGUGGGUGUGGUUGGAUACCACACUGGUCGGCAACCGAGCAUAUCACUACAGCUGUCACUCGGAAGCGACACAGGCCAGGGAAAGCACGCCGGUAUACUCGAGAGGAACGCCCGAGCCGGUGCUGGGCAAGCGUAAAGCGGAAGGUGACUUGAAGUCGCUACGAGGUAGGGCCAAGAAAGACAAAGACGCAGCCAAAUGGCCCAAGACGGAACUCGACUACUAGAAGUAUUCUCGAUGAUGGGCGAAGGCCGUUUGGCAAAGUCGAGCGGCUUCGUUCAAAAUCGUUGAACUGCACUGAGGAGCCCACAAGAGCCAUCGCUGCGCCGUCGCGAAUGAGAUAAACCUCCCCGAAGCAUUACGCGGUGCCAAGACAGAUGUGUUGGCUUGUGACGAAUCAUGCGACCCCAGAGCGGUGAGACAAGGCGGAAAUCUCUUGCCAGAGGAGAGAAGGAAUUUUCAAUGGGGUUGGUCUGAGAUGGAGUCGAUCGUAGGAGGGGGGUGAUUGAUCGGCACGCGCGGAACAUGGGAGAGCAAACACCCAUGGAGCGUGGUGAGGCUCCGUUAGUCGGAGUUGCCGGGCGAGUGAUCGGCAAACGAGCUUCGGUAUUGCAGUCGACAUACAUGCUUGGCAAGGCUAGAUAGGUCUGGUGGGUAGGCCACACCAGCGAAAGCCUAAUGUUCGUCCAACCUGCGCAUUGAGGGAGAGGGAAGGCAAGGCAGGACGAAGGCAUGCAGAGAGCAACCCGCAACAUCACAACACCGCCCAGAUGAUGGCGAAGCGAGCACCAGGGGCGACCUAGUCAACUGCUCACGUGAGCACGCAGACAUUUCCCCGUGCAUUAUUGUAUGACCAAAGAUAUUUCUGUUAAUGAAAUGGGCC